UACUUUAAAAAGUUUAUUACGGUAGUACUUAAGAAGCUAGGUAAAGAUAACUAUAUAGUGCCUAAAGUAUAUAGGCUAAUAGCCCUCUUUAAUAUAGUAAAUAAGAUUAUAGAUACUAUUAUAGCGAGGAGAUUAAGCUACUUUACCGAAAUAUAUAAGCUAUUAUUAGAAAGCUAUAUAGGUAGAAGAAGAUGUUAG